AUGGCUAUAUGGACCUACAGGAGCAGUGUCGGUUACCCGAGUUCCUUUGGACUUUACAUUAAGCAAACCACACGUUCUGUCCUGAACGAACCUAACGCCCCCAAACUCAUUGAACACUAUACAUCUGUUCCUGCACCACGUUUCGUCGACGUUACAGAACACGGAGAUGAGAACUAUCUCGUGAUGACACGUGUCCGUGGUCAACAGCUUCGACGGGUUUAUCACUUGAUGUCUUACACUGAACGUAAUUGCCUUGCAGAUGAUUUGGCUGGCUAUGUUGCCCAAUUAAGGAAAAUUCCCAACCCUACAGCAUAUAUGGUUAGUGACACAUUAGGAGGACCAGUAUUCGAUCAUCGUAUACCAAAUAAUGGAAUUGGAGGUCCUUUUAACACAGAAGCCGACUUUAACAAUUUCCUCGUGAGUCACAUAAAUUCUACACCUGCAAGCGCUCUCGGCGAAGAAAAUGUUCCGAGAAAUCAUCGUUCUGUAUUCACACAUUCAGAUCUUCAUUGGUCGAACAUUUUGAUAGAUCAAGGAAAGUUGUCGGGGAUCAUAGAUUGGGAAUGCGCAGGAUUUAUGCCAGAAUAUUGGGGGUUUACUAAAGCUAUUUAUAAAAUCUUAUUGCACAAGGAUAAGAUGGAACUUAUAAGGAGGGCAUUUGGGAAUAAGUAUGAGAAGGAAUUGAAAGGCCGAAAUUAA